AUUCAAAACCUCAUCUCUUUCCUCCCUUCCCUUCUUCUCUCCCCCAUCGCCCUCCUUCCUCUCCUCACCAUCUCCUCACCUGUGCUUCUUCAUCUAUAGUCUAGCUGAUCCUCCCCGCAAGCGCCACCAUUCCCUUCCCUUCCGCAGCACUCUCUCAUCCUUUCCACCUAAUCAGCCCUCCCUCCCUCCCUCCCAUACACAAUGUCACCAACCAGCCCAGCACAGGCGCGAACUGCAUCGGCCGGUGCAGAGAACGAACGGACUAGCAACAGCACCGCGGGUGCCGACCAGGCAGAGGGAACAGAGAGGGGAAACGAAACCGAGACGGAGACAGAGGCGGACGAGUUUGAGGAGAAUGACAUUAUUGACCACACCACCUUUGACCAGCUUCUCGAGAUGGACGACGAGGAGGACCAUGAGUUCUCCAGAUCGCUGGUCUGGAACUACUUUGAGCAGGCUGAAAAGACAUUCGAGGACAUGGAUGAGGCUAUGCAAAAGUUGGAUUUCGCAGAUCUUUCGAGGCUCGGUCACUUUUUGAAAGGAUCAUCUGCAGCACUCGGUCUGUCAAAGGUCAAGGAGUCUUGUGAAAAACUGCAGCAUUAUGGCAACCACAAGGACGCUGCUGGCAUAAAGACGAUCACAAAUGACGAGGCCGAGAGUCUUAUUAGAGCAUUGUUGAUUCAGAUGCGGAAGGAAUACGAUGAGGCGGAAAACUACCUUCGGGUAUUCUAUGACGGCGAGGGACAGUAGACGCACAUAUUAUCAGCACAUCCUGCACUCUGGACAGAUUCCAGCUCCAACAUUUCCACUCCGACCUGAUCCAACCUAUUACGAGGUUGUGUAUUAGUGUGUAGUCCUCACACCCACGUCCGCACCCCACACCUACACACGCGCAGAAAAAUAAAAUAAAAAUAAAAAGGCUCUUUAUUACCUUGCAU